UGUGUUAUCUAUGCCUUUUUUGUAUUCAUCCGUCAAACGUGGAGACGAAAGGUUGUGGCGAGCGAAUAAAAAAUUAAAUUUAGUGAAAUAUUGUGAAUAAUUUUUAUCCACCUUUGUCAAUCAAAACUAAGAUGUCUCGCUACAGAGAAUGGGAUCUUUCUUGCAAAGUGUACGUGGGCAACUUGGGUACUAAUGCGUCUAAAUAUGAAAUAGAAAAAAUAUUUUCUAAAUACGGUAACAUACGUAACGUAUGGGUAGCUCGAAAUCCGCCCGGAUUUGCAUUUGUAGAAUUCGAAGACCCCCGUGAUGCUGAAGACUCUGUUCGUGGACUUGAUGGAACACGCUGCUGUGGCACCAGGAUUCGUGUCGAAAUGUCAAAUGGUCGCACAAGGAGAGACCGCAGGUCCAUUUUUUCAACAAACCACCAACACACCAACGACCUCACCACAUCUCUUCACAACUACGGCUUGUUAACCAAUUUGACAUCCGCGAUCGCCGCUCGCAUCAACAUCUUGCUCGACUUCUGCGGUCGUCUCACCCAACUGCUGCGUGCAGACGAAGUCACCAACAACUGCGUCCCCAUAACAAUCCUUCUCACAGCAGUCACCUAAUCCUCAAUUUUACCUGAACUUGGAAUUGAAAACACAUUCGAAACCUCCAACAGUAGGAAAACAACAAGUGCACUGAAUAAAAUACUCAAACGUUGACAUAUCUACGAGUGCACACACGUUUCACCGUGGCACCAAGCUACUAACGGCGACAGAACCACCUCCCUGUGUUACCACAAUUUUUAUUGAGCUUUCCACUACACCGGUUCUUCGGAAGAUAAAGUUGAAAAUCCAACUUCGCCUCAAUUAUUUCCUACGGCCUCAUAGCAGUCGCACAACGGUCGACCUUCUUCGCAGGCUCACCAUGUAUCGCAGGUCACGCAGUCGUAGUCCCCGCCGCCGAUCAUACUCUCGCGGCCGGUCAAUGUCUCCACGACGGUCGCCUUCAGUUCGCCGUCGCUCUCCUUCUCCCCGCCGUUCACGAUCACG